AUGGUGUCUGCCUUGGGUCAGGCAAUUUAUCGUUUCCCCCUCAAAUGUUCUUGGGAUGCAGCUAGACAUUUGAGCUCAACACAGAAUCUUCAGGCUCAGUCGGUGGCCAUUAAGAAGUCCUCUGCUGUCACACAAGCAAAGAAUGUUGUGUUGGUGGAGGGUGUGCGAACCCCCUUUCUUCUUUCUGGGACUGACUAUGUUGAUUUGAUGUCACAUGAUUUGGCCAGGGUGGCAAUGCAAGGUCUUCUCACACAGACGAGUCUACCCAAAGAAAUUGUGGAUUACAUUAUCUAUGGCACCGUAGUCCAGGAGGUCAAAACCAGUAACAUUGCACGUGAGGCUGCCUUAGGCGCAGGCUUUCCUGACAGAAUCCCAGCUCAUACAGUUACAAUGGCCUGCAUCUCCUCAAACCAGGCUGUAACGACUGCUGCUGGUUUGAUUGUCACAGGCCAAUGUGAUACUGUAGUAGCAGGUGGAGUCGAGUUCAUGUCUGAUAUCCCUAUUCGUCUCAGUAGGCAAAUGAGACAAAUGCUUCUAUCACUGAAUAAGGCAAAGUCGAUGAAUGGGGCACUAAGUCUUCUCAGGAAAGUCAGUCCUUGCUAUUUGGCCCUCGACUUUCCAGCACUUGCAGAAUUUUCAACCAGUGAGUUAAUGGGGCACUCGGCGGACAGACUGGCUGCUGCUUUUCAGGUGUCCCGUCUUGAGCAAGAUGAAUUUGCUUUACGUUCUCACACUCUUGCGAAGAAGGCACAAGAAGAUGGUCUUCUUACCGAUGUCAUUCCUUUCAAGAUGCCAGGAGGAAGAAUAGUCACCAAAGACAACUGCAUACGACCAAGUCCUCUGGAGCAAAUGGGAAAAAUAAAGCCUGCAUUUAUUUGGCCCCAUGGAACAGUUACAGCUGGAACAUCUUCAGUAUUAACGGACGGUGCAUCAGCAGUUCUCAUUAUGUCUGAAGAGAAGGCUCUUGCUUUCGGAUUUAAGCCAAAAGUAUAUUUAAGAGAUUUCGUAUAUGUGUCUCAGGAUCCAAAGGACCAGCUUUUGCUGGGUCCAACCUAUGGAACCUCUAAAGUUCUUGAAAUUAGUGGACUGACCAUAGCCGACAUUGACGUUUUUGAGUUCCAUGAAGCUUUUGCUGCCCAGGUCUUAGCUAAUAUGAAAGCCCUGGAUUCCGACUGGUUUGUGCAGACCUAUCUAGGCAAGCAAUCCAAGGUGGGUGCACCUCCAUUGGAGAAGGUCAACAAGUGGGGUGGGUCAUUGUCCUUGGGUCAUCCCUUUGGUGCCACUGGAAGUCGGUUGCUAACUAUGGCAGCACACCGGCUACAGAAGGAAGGUGGGCAGUUUGCUUUAGUGGCUGCUUGUGCUGCAGGUGGUCUAGGACACGCUAUUAUUUUAGAGGCUUAUCCUCAGUAA